AUGUCAACAAAUGCUGAAAAUUGCCAACGAUACUUUGCAAUAAGCAAAAAAAUGCCCAAAGACGUGAAACGUCAUUGCGGAAUCUGUCGGCAACAUGGAAUACUUGUUGAAACACGUGGUCAUCACUGUACUAGAAAAAGUUGUAGCUGCUCUAAAUGCUUACUAAUCCGUCAACGUCGACAAAUUAUGCGCACACAAAUACGCAUAAGACGUGCGCAAGAUAGAAUAUUUCAACGAACUUCGGUACCUGCGCAUGCAACUAUUAUUCCUCAAACUUGCUCGGAUAAUAACGAUAAUCGAAAUGUUAUUUCUGAUGUGAUUAGCAAUACAGCGAGAAACCAGUGCUAUAUUUGUCAAAAAUGUAAAAAUCAUGGAUUUUUAGUUUGGAAAAAGGAGCAUAAAAGACAUUGUUUAUAUGCAAAUUGCAAAUGUUUUCAAUGCGAAUUAAUCGGAAGGAGACGAAAAUUGGAUCAAAUUUUGAAGUUUUCUUCAAAAUUUAAAUCAAAUACUACGUCUCAAAUCGGUAAUUAAUA